GGGGCGGGGCAGGGGGCGGGGGUUGGGGGUGGAGGGGAUGGUCAGGAGGGUGGCAAGAUCGGAGGGGACGCUUCGCCAUGGAAUAUGAAGUCAAGAAAGGGAAAAAGGGCUUUGUAUCCCCCAUCCGGAGGCUGGUGUUCCCCAAGGCCGCGCGCCGGGCUGCCUUUCGGACCAGUGUGAGUCGCCGGCCCCUGCACUCGAUGCCCCUUUACCCCCCUGACUAUCUCAUCGACCCUCAGAUUCUGCUGUGUGACUACCUGGAGAAAGAGGUCAAGUUCCUGGGCCACCUCACCUGGGUUACCUCCUCACUGAACCCCUCCAGCCGCGACGAGCUCCUGCAGCUGCUGGACACGGCCAGGGUGAGGCCCUGGGGAGGGUUAGGGCUGGGUCUUGUCCCCUUCUUCCUCUCCCACCCGAGCCCCUCCGGAACCCAAGAGAUCCGACCCACCCUGCAGCAGUUGAAGGAACUGCCGCUGAAGACCACCGCGGAGCAGGACAGUAUCCUGAGCCUGUCGGCCCGCUGCCUGCUGCUCACCUGGCGCGACAACGAGGAGCUAAUCCUGCGCAUCCCCACGCAUGAGAUCGCGGCCGCCUCCUACCUGCAGGACGACGCGCUGCACCUGCUGGUGCUUAAGACCGGUCUGGGCGUGGACCCGGUGCCAGCCGGCGUAGACGCCAGCCCCGGCGGCGCGGGGCGCGACCCGGGCCAGCCGGGCGCGGCGCCCGAGAAGCGGCGGGGGGGCACCACGGAGCGGCGCCACACCAUCUGCAGCCUGGACUGGCGGAUGGCGUGGGGCGGGGGUGCGAGCGCGGAGGCCCGGGCCGGGGGCGGCGGCGGCGGCAGCCUGGAGCGCCAGCGCGCCGGGGCGCGGGCGUCGGGCAGCUGGGAGCGGCGGCAGACGUUCAGCGGCAGCUGGGAGCGGCGGCACGCCGGCGGCGGCGGCGGCGCGGGCAAGCCGGGCGGCAGCUGGGAGCGGAGGCAGGCGGGCGGCGGCGGCGGCAGCUGGGAGCGGCGCCACCCGGGCUCCAACCCUCUCGACCCGCAGGACCCCAGCCCCGACGCCUACUGCAACCUUGUCAUCCUGGCCGUGGCCAACAGGGAUGCUGCUGAGGAGUCCUGUGCCCUCAUCUGUCAGGUCUUCCAGAUCAUCUACGGGGACCAGAGCAUUGAGUGCGUGGACCGGGCCGGCUACCACUACACAUCCACGCCUGAGCGGCCAUGGCUGUGCAGCCGCAGUGAGAGCUGCCGCACGGAUGGGACUUACGCCUAUGACGCCGACUUCAGCUGCUGCAGCUCCUUCAAUGGCUCCCAGGAUACAUUUGAAGCGUGUUAUAGUGGCACGUCCACACCCUCUUUCCAUGGCUCCCACUGCAGCGGCAGUGACCACAGUGGCCCGGGCCUCGAGCAGCUGCAAGAUUACAUGGUCACGUUGCGGAGUAAACUGGGACCCCUUGAGAUCCAGCAGUUUGCCAUGCUGCUGCGAGAGUACCGGCUGGGGCUGCCCAUCCAGGACUACUGUGCGGGCCUGCUGAAGCUCUAUGGAGACCGGCGCAAGUUCCUCCUCCUUGGGAUGCGGCCCUUCAUCCCUGACCAGGACAUCGGCUACUUCGAGGGCUUCCUGGAGGGCGUGGGCAUCCGCGAGGGCGGCAUUCUCACCGACAGCUUCGGCCGCAUCAAGCGCAGCAUGAGCUCCACGUCGGCGUCGGCUGUGCGCAGCUACGAUGGCGCGGCCCAGCGGCCCGAGGCGCAGGCCUUCCACCGGCUGCUGGCCGACAUCACGCACGACAUCGAGGCGCUGGCCCCCGACGAUGAUGAAAGCACGGACGAGGAGGCCAGGGACUCCCCGGGUGGGGGGGACGCGGCGGAGGACAACUACCUGUAACCGCAGACGAAGGGGACGGUGGGGACGCACCCACAAUCCCGGCUGCGUCUCACUGGCUCCUGCUUGUGAGACCCCGGGCCCAGGGACCCCCUCGCAACGGACGCGGGCCUCCACUCCCCCCGGGCAUCCUUCCCUGCCCUCGGGGCUCCAGUCCCUGCAGUACCAAGGAUGUCCUGCAGGGGGCGGGGCCCUAAUGUCGCAGUUGCCGGAGGCUCAGCGGGCCCCUCUGCCAGACCAGUAUGGGCAGCGCCCCACUUUGUCCCGCUAGCCCCAGGCGCGGUCCCAGGACCGCUCAUCUUCCCUCCCUGCCCUCCCACUCCCGCAACUUUCUGGAGGCCAACGGAGGGAUGAGGGGUGGGCUCCACCUGCUGGCAGACAGAAAAAAAGCCCCAGAGCCCAGGCAGUUCUCCUCUUUCACAGUUUGAGAAAUUAAGGUUCAAAGAAUGGGAAGGAACUUAAGAGAAUCUCCUAUUUCUCCUUAGAGAUUACCUCAAGCUAACCAUACGAAAUAGUGUCGAGGGUCUUCUUAGGACUCUAAGUGUCAGGGUCGCCCCUCCGCUCAUGGCAGGAAUUGGAUCAUCAGUGUGAAACAGAGGUUUUUCUCUGCUGGCUGUUGAGUCAGAAGUAGAUGAUCAGGGUCCCAGUCCUGGUCCUAAAACUCUGAAGGAGUUGCUUGUUUAGAUCUGGAUUUAGAGCCAGACAGACCUAGGGCUCCUGUCCGGUUAGUGUUCUCACCUCUUGGUGACUUCCAUUCCCUAAUCUGUUGGAUGAGGUGGGCGCCUCCCACUCCUCAGGGUGGUUCUGGGGACUAACAAAAGUCAAGGUCUUGGGGCUGGGUCCAGCACCUGAUAGGCACCCAAUAAAAGCUGUUCCCUUCCACACCUGAUACUUUCGGACUUGGUCCUGCCUGUCUCACCUGGGAGCAGUGGGGUAGGAACUGAAGAGAAGAUGGGCUGUAAGAAGACCCUUGGAGAAGUUUGUGAAGAGGAAAUAGGACUUGUUCCCCAUGGCUCGGUUGCACCCUGGCUCUGGGCUCAAGCCCCA